AUGUUUGUCACUUGCGCAUUCCACCGCGUCUAUCGCGACGGACUGCUGGCAGUCAUGGGACGCAACUCGACUUCUCGCUCAGACAGCUAUGUAAAGGAAGGCGAAGUCCUUCGAGCAUCUUUCAAUUCCGGGUCACAUCAUGACACGAUCUUGGACAAACUGCUCAAAGUCGUGCCGUCACGCAGUCCAUCAGGAUCCUACGACGACAACGACCAUAGCCGAGGGUCCGUCGUGGACUCGAGCGAGAACGAAGUGUACGACCUGCCCACGUUUGAAAACCGCGGGCACUUGAUGAACAACUUGGGCCGCAAGCCGGAACGACCGAAAAAAGCCGUGACGUUCGCUAGCGAGCUAGAAAAAGUCGAGUGGGUGGCAGAGCUGCAGUACAAGUGCCCCGAGAAGCCGUUGCCACUAAGCUUGUUUGGUACGCGCCGAGUCAUCGGGUACGAAGAAGAGGAACAUCUAUUGGCGCCGUCGUGGAGCAAGGCCCUUCCGUACAGCGCCGUGGACUUUGGGUGCUACCAGAUGCAGCUCCUGACUCGGGAGAAGGCGUUCUUCGUGAUCAGUCCCGUGCAAAUCCACCACAUCACAUGCAUGGGCGUGUCGUGGAAGACGUAUUGGGCGGGUCUAUCGUCCGGGUUGAUUGUGUUUUGCUACGAAGACGACAACGACCAAGUGUUUGCAUGCCCCAUCCACAAAUGCCGCGUCCAAGUGCUUGACGACACCCAGCUCAAGCUGUUCGAAGUCGCGGGACUUCGCGAGGUGGACGAGCUCUUUCUCAAGUUCCCCAACUCUUCCACCAUGUACAUGUGGUUCUGGGCCAUUCAGAUCGCCGCCGCCACGCCGCUCUACUCGGACACGGACGCGCACACGAAGGCACUUCGUCGGUUCCUGGCCAAGUCGCCGCCAAUGAUCCCCCCUGCGUCGUUGUCAAACAACCUGUGGUCGAACCUGUCGUCCAAGUUGGGCCUGAAAAAGCCCCUGCCAACCGACCCCGUCGUGACACUUCCAUUUACGCUGCGCAACCCCACGCCGCAGGACCACUUUCGGGGCCUAUCGCCGCCGUCGUCGUCAUCGCCGUCGUCGUCGUCCGCGGCGAAGAAUCAAAGUGGUAUCCAGCGGCGCCUCCUGUUUAUUCGGCACGCAGAGUUCAACAAUGUGCAUUUCAAGACGGCCGACGUGGAGAAGAACAUCACGGACUCGGGCGAGGCGGCGGCGCGGCGGACGGGGCAGUUCCUGCAGGAUCUGAUCGAAGCGGCUGGUCUAACAUACCAGGACGUCCAGCUCGUGUACUCGACGAUCACGCGCACGAUUCAGACGAUGGACAUCAUCGCCAAGGAAGUGGACAAGGCCGCGGGAGUGUACGAAACGUACAACCCGUACGACACCCAGUCCAGCAAAGUGAACCGCGUCGCACGGCACGAACUGGCGCUGCUGAGGGAAAGCGUGCCGCACGGGCUGUCAACGUCCAAGAAGUUCCAGUGCCGAUCGGCCAAGAUGGCGCUGGCGCUGCAGACGAUCUGCAUGGGCGAAGUCACGUACCCCAUCACGGUCGUGAUCUGCUCGUCGAGCUUUAUCCGGUACUGUGUGCACCAAGCCGCGUACGGCGUCGGGUUUAUCGGGUCGCGGGGUGAAAUGAACCACAGCAUCGGCAUCGGCCACUGCAGUGUCACCCAGAUCGACGUCGACCAAGAGUACGCGCUGCAUCUGCGAGGAGUGAAUCAAAUGGCGCAUCUCGCAGGGUACUCGGUCGGUCAGAACCCACAGGAAGCUGCGGCGCCAUACUCGUCGAGCGUUGGUGCAUGCAGUAGUAUAUAG